AUGAUAGUUAAUGUUAUAUUCCUACUGUGUAUCGGAAUUAUAAAUGAUGUUGUAAAAGCUGAAGACACAAAUGGCAUCUUUCCAUUGAAGAAAAUGGUGAUGAUUGGCAAUGCGCUUGGGGGUAGUGUGCAAUUGAAGGCGCAUUGUAAGUCGAAGGACGACGACCUUGGUGUUAGGGUGUUAGGGCCGGGACAAGACUUUCAUUUUAGGUUCUGGACAAGUGUAUUUUCCACGACCUUAUUUAAAUGUUCCUUCGAGUGGCCAGGUAGCGGCAAGCUUCAUUGGUAUGACGUCUAUAAUGAUAAAAGGGAUUACUGGGGUUGCGUGAAUUGCAAAUGGAUUAUCAAACCCUUUGGGAUUUGUGAGUUUAAUGUACAAACUUCAGCGUAUGAUAGGUGUUUUUCCUGGAAGGAGUAG